GGAAGAUAUGGAUGACAGCAGCCUUGUGCCCCUUCGAGAUCUCCUCCACAUGGACGAGUCCAGUUCCAGCACACUGGAGAUGGGCUCGUGCCCCUCGCCAAGACGGGAAUGUUACCUGACCAGCCUAGACAAGCUUCUUGAAGAGAAAAGAGAGCACAUACGAGAAGAGAGAGAGCUGGAAAGAAGCUUGGGAUGCGAGCUGCUCUUCUCGAAGUGGUCCAAUGCCGGGGAGGCCAGUGAAGAAACCGAAGCUUCUUUGCUCGAUACUCAGAGAUUGGUCUUGGAGCAAUUCUCCAUUAGCUCUGGUACCAUCCCGAUUGUGCACCCUGGCGAAAAUAUUUUCAGGCCUCCUCCUUACCCAAGGUCUGCUUUCGUCCUUGACACCGCUGGGCUUAAGCCCCAGAACCAUUUGGAAAGGUUGCUCUUCAGCUCCAGCUCCAGCACCUCUCAGCAGCUGGCAAUCCUCCACAGUGGCACCCUUGGGUUCAUCUAUCACGGAAUUGCCAAGUGUCCCCUCCCCGUUCUGCGCUGGCUUUUCCAGUUGAUGUCUUUGAACCCAGAUGCCUCGAGAGAUGCCUUCCAGGCCCUUUGGAACAUCAGCACUUACCAAAGCAUCUCUUACGCAGACGCUGGUCUUUGGUGCCCGGAGCUGAAGGACAUCACCCAAACCUUCUACAAUUUCGGAGCCUGUGCUUCUACCUUGUUCCCCGCUGGACUCGUUCAAUAUGAAUUCAUAUCGGAAAUCUUAGAAUUCCCAGAAUACUCUUCUCAUCCUGCAGAUGUUAAGAACGAAAAUAUCUACUUCCAGCUUAGCUUCAUACCAAUGCUGGAAGAUACGUUCAAGUUCCUGGCAUUGUGCGUGACAACCCAGCCGCGCUGCUACCCAGACCACCAACGCCUGGCCAUCAUCUCACUAUUGUGUCGGGUGAGCCUGGACCGGAAUCUGCGGAAACAGCCCCUGAUAGACCUACAACAACUGCUGCUGGUUUUGCUUGAAGGCCUCCAGAAAUGGGAGGAAACGCUGCCAGAGCUGUGCAGGUCCCUCGGCCACGUCUCGCAGCAUCAUCACAACAUGGUCGCCGUCGUGCGUUGCUUCCCGGAUACCACGACUAGAGGACGACAACUGCGCAGAAACCUCAGCCUCUACUUCAUUAUGAAGCUGCUUGGAAAGAUGAAGAUGGCCCCAAACUUCUGGCAAGAAGAAAUCCAGCUGCAGCAGCUUUGCGAACUCCUGCCCCUCAUGAGGCCUUCCUGCUUAAAGCAGGCCCUACAGAAGACCCAGAGGCUUCACAAGGAGCCAACCCAAAACCAGCAGAAGACGCUCUCUGCUCUUGACCACGAGGCCUGUUACCUUUGCUACAACCUCCUGGUAUUAGCCAACGUGGUUGUGGGAAUCAAGCCAGCAUCUCCAAGAGAGCAGGGCCACCUCCAGCAGCUUUGCCUCCAGGUGCAGCAGCACAUCAGCAGCAGCCUCCGCGAGGACCCCGCUCUCCUCUACCGGACCAAGCUGAAGAACUUGGCUGCCCAAACCUACGUCAAGUGGCAGGAGCUGCUGUCGCAAGGCUGGCUCCAAUUAACCUGCUAGCAGGCCGAGAGUGAUGAGGUUUAAUGGGACAUCCGGGGAACAAAAGAUCUUUUGCCAGAAGGAACAGCAUCACAGAACUCGGAAACGGAUUUAGGGGGAUGAAGUGGGGGUGCAGACCACGCCACCACCCCCCACCCCCUCACAGCCACCAAUAAAAAACCCCAGUUCACCCCCACUUCCCACCCACCCCCAUUCUUCCUCAUAAACUUUCCGAGCCUUUCCUCCAUGUGUCUCUUAUAAGGCGCAUCAUUUCUCCCACCUCGUUUACUGUUUACUGUUUUCUUUAGACCCUCCUGUGCCUUUAAGCGCCCCCCCCACCAGUUUUCAAAGCAGGAAGGAAUAAGGGCCCUCCUUGUGCCCAAGAAGAGGUUAAAAUAAAAUGUCCUUUUUUGAUGGAUAA